GCUUCAAGCCGAGGGGGAAGAGAAGAAGAAAGGAUAAGGGAGUGGAACUGGCGCCUACGGUGGCCGGAGAGGGACUUGCCAAGACGUAGGCUGCAGGAUGAUGCGAUUCAUGCUGCUGUUCAGCCGGCAGGGAAAGCUGAGGCUGCAAAAAUGGUACCUGGCCACAUCAGACAAGGAGAGAAAGAAGAUGGUUCGGGAGCUUAUGCAGGUUGUUCUGGCUCGCAAGCCUAAGAUGUGCAGCUUCCUGGAAUGGAGGGACCUCAAAGUUGUCUAUAAGAGAUACGCCAGCCUCUAUUUCUGCUGCGCCAUCGAGGGCCAAGACAAUGAACUCAUCACACUGGAACUGAUCCACCGAUAUGUGGAGCUCCUGGACAAAUACUUUGGCAGCGUGUGUGAGCUGGACAUCAUCUUUAAUUUUGAGAAGGCCUACUUCAUCUUGGAUGAGUUUUUGAUGGGGGGUGAUGUCCAAGACACCUCCAAGAAGAGUGUGCUAAAGGCUAUUGAGCAGGCUGACCUGCUGCAGGAGGAGGAUGAGUCGCCGCGCAGUGUGUUGGAGGAGAUGGGUCUGGCAUAGCCCCCGCCUUGGCCGCAUGGAAAUGUGGGGAGCUGGUGGAGAGGCAGGGCACAAGCCGCAAGCAGCCCUUUCUGGGUGGGACUCAGCUGCCCCUCCUCUGCUGCCUCACCUUCUUUUGGAGUGAGCUGUAGGCUCAGGACCCUCAAACAGUUUCUCCCUUCACCCCCUACCUCCUGUUUCCCUUUUCCUACUGAAGGUUUUUGGAGCUGGGAGGCAGAAAAAUAUGACCAAGACCCAAGAGGGGGGUGCUAUUUGGCUUUCAUUCCCUGCCUUUGAAGAUCUGUUACUCCAAACUUCCUUCCCUCCCUUAUAACUGUAAAUAUAUAAAUAUGUCAGGUUAAAGGGAAAAGGUUUUCAGGGCUCUUCUCCCUGCCCCAUAACCUACCUCCAUCCCCCCUGCAGCCAACCAGGGCAGCCUUUCUGCCUGGGAAGGGGGCAUCUGUGUAGUGAAUGGGUUGUUCUUUCCCCUCAUCUGCCUCCUUCCCUUCCUUCUUGGCUGCAGUAGGGCCUCUGUUCAGUGCUGGGGGAGGAACAACACAGUUAAUUGUUUUUCUAACCUUGCCAUUUGGAGGGAGGGAGGGUUGGGGGAAGGGCAGGCUUCACGGGAGACUGGGCCCUGACCCUCUUCACACCAGGCUCUGGAUUAGGCAGGAGCUAAGGGGGUAGGGUGGGGAAGUGUCUGACUUUAUUUCCUUUCAUCUGAAAUAAAAGGAAACACAUUUCUGGA